AUAGUAUAAAAAUAGAAAAUAGAAUAUUCGGGGAUCAAAACAGCAAACAACUUCUCCAUAUUCUAAAGAGCUAGAAAAAAAUAACAACCAUGUAGGGAUUCCUAAGCCUUCGACAGUGAUUCUCUCACAAUUUUACUAAGCUAUAAGAAGAAGAAAAAAGCAAAAAAGCAAGAAAAUAGAAAAACGCUGAACAGCACAUUCCAGAUUUAAUACAGACGGUACUACGGUAUUUGAAUUGCUGUCGUGAACAUGUCCUUGUCAAAGCCCCAACCACACCAAUCUGCCAAACUGCGUUAUCCAGAACAAGAAACUGUCAAAUCCCUAAGUCCCAUUCAGGAAAGAGGACCAGAGAAACUAAGAUGUAGAAUAAGAUUGUAUGACAUGACAGGUACACCAAGGAGAGGUGGCAGUUACAUACUAAAAUUUAUGCCAAUCAAAUCAGCUGAUAUGAUGACCGAGUCUUUGGCCCAUUUUUCCGAGUAUAAUCACCCCCAAGGUUUCAUAGACAUCCUUAACGACACCUAUGGAGAAGAACAACGCUACAGCUGGGACGUGGAACUCAAUAAUCAACUUUGCAUUGAUGUAAAAAUGUUGGAUACUGUUGAUAAUAAUUGUUUUAUCUUUUUUCACACAAAGAAAACCCUAACCAGAGAAGAGAUUGUGCCAGAGCAAAAGACCCGUCUUCCCAGUGAGAGUGCAAGUGUUGAAUUCACUAUUCAAUUGAAAUGUGAAAAAACGUGUGAAGGAAGGUUUAGAGUCAUAGUCAAAACUGACGUGGAGGGGUCACAUCCACAUACACGUGACUAUAACAUCAUGUUUACUCGCAAGCCUCAGGUCAAGUUUCAACACUUAUUACGACAUUUCUUGCCUGACGGGAACCAGAGGAGACACACAUCGGAUCAUCCCGCCCAUUAUUUUAACCUAGGACUACAAUACGACGACUGAUAUAAUAAGUGCUCGUUACUCGAUAUUUUGUCUGUAAGCAAGCAUAUGUAUGGACCCUUUUACUUUGGACGUUUACUGAAUUCUUUUCAUUUUAGGCCACCUGUAUGAUUCCCUUGAGUUUUAUUCCUUUGUCUGUUGUCCAGACUUCAGAAGCUAUAGAUACAAGUAUGACUUUUUUCUCGCAUUUAAUAACGAUAAAAAUCUGAUACGACCAGAGUAAAAGGGUCUACUGCCAGAACUGUAUAAACACCUGCAUAAAGCAAACAUCCAUGAAAGUUGAUAUGAAUGAACAGUCAGGGGCGGCGGAAGCUGAAGA